AUGGUGCGUCAGCUGCACGACGGUAUAAUGGCGCAAGUCACGGACAACGGAGAUCUCCCAGAGACAUUCGCAGUGACCAAUGGAGAGAAGCACGGAUGCGUCCCAGCGCCCACCCGCCUCAGUUUCAUGUUCUCUGCCAUGCUGAUGGAAGGCUACAUUGAGGUACGUCCCGGGAUCCGCAUCGUCUACAGGAUGGACGGCCACCUCCUCAAUCAACGGCGGAUGCACUUCCAAUCGCGCCUAUCCACAGCCACCGUUCACGGACUUCUCUUCGUCGACGACUGCGCACCUCGGAAGAGGACAUGCAAAGAAGCAUGGACCUUUCCUCCGUCGCCUGCGAGAAUUUAAGUCUGGUCAUCAACAUGGAGAAGACGGUGAUCAUGCACCAACCGUCAUCGAACACAGACCCUCCGCACAAUGCACUGCAGAUGAGCGUGAACGGAAACCAACUGCAAGUGGCGGAAUAUUUCCCGUAUCUGGGCAGUACCCUCUCCCGCGGCAGGAGAAUCAGCGUGAAUUAUCACGCCGGAUUUUUAUGAUCAGUCAAGCCUUCGGCCGCCUCCAAAGCACAGUUUGGAAUCGUCAUGGUCUUCAGCUCAGCACGAAGCUGAAGAUGUACAAGGCCGUUAUCCUCUAG